AUGGCCAAAUCGAAAAACGCCAGCCCUGGCGAAAAGGCGGCAGCUUCGGGAGGAAACAGAAAGAGAAGAAAUACCGAGGAACAGCCCUCCGAGCCUGAACUCAAGGUCGAUGGUAUUUUGACGAUGGACGGUUCCGAUGAGGAAGAUGAGGAUGAGGAAGAUGAAGAGGACAGUGAUGCUGAACUUAAUAAGCUUCUUGCUGAGGAGGAAGGCGAUGAAGAGGAGGAUGACGAAAGCGAAGAGGAGGAUGAAGAUGAUGAGGGCGACGAUAGUGAUGCUUCCUCUGACUCUGCCUCUUCUGCUGUUACAGACAAGCUCAGUGGAGUCCAGCUCCAGACGCUAGAGGACGAGGAUAACGGAGAGAUUGUUUCGAAGUUCUCAGACGGCCGUACUCGUAUCAUCAAGCCUGAGAUCAACCCUGAUUACGAUUCAGACGACUCGGAUGCUGAGAAUUUUAACACUAUUGGUAACAUUCCUAUUUCUGCCUAUGAAGAGAUGCCUCACAUUGGUUACGAUAUCAACGGUAAGCGUAUCAUGAGACCAGCUAGAGGCUCUGCUUUGGACCAGCUCUUGGAGCAGAUUGACUUGCCUGAAGGAUGGACUGGUCUUUUGGACCAGAACACUGGCCAGUCCUUGAAGUUGACCGAUGAUGAAUUGGAGUUGAUCCGUAAGAUCCAGAACCAGGAACAAACAGAUGAAGCUAUCAACCCAUACGAGCCUACUAUCGAGUGGUUCACGUCCAAGACUGAAGUUAUGCCUCUUAGUGCUGCUCCAGAGCCUAAGGCUCGUUUCCAGCCUUCUCGUCAUGAAGCUAAGCGUGUGAUGAAGAUCGUCCGUGCUAUUCGUCUGGGUAAGAUUUUGUCUCCAGAAGCAGCCAAGGCUAAGGCUGACGAGGACAAGAACAACUUCGACUUGUGGGAACACGAGGACCCAGAAAACAACCAUGUGAUGAACUUGAGAGCUCCUAAAUUGCCUCCUCCUACUAAUGACGAAUCUUAUAACCCACCUGAGGAGUACCUCUUUGACGAGGAAGAAAAGAAGAAGUGGCUUGAGACUGAACCUGCUGCCAGAGACACAAACUAUAUGCCCCAGAAAUAUGCUGCUUUACGAAAAGUGCCUGGUUACUCCGAAUCUGUUCGUGAACGUUUCGAUAGAUGUUUGGACUUGUACUUGGCUCCUCGUGUGCGUCACAGCAAAUUGAACAUUGACCCUGAGUCCUUGAUUCCAGAAUUGCCUUCUCCAAAGGACUUGAGACCUUUCCCUAUUCGUUGUUCUACUGUCUACAAUGGUCACACUGGCAGAAUCAGAACGCUUUCUGUUGACCCACAAGGUCUCUGGUUGGCUACAGGUUCCGAUGACGGUUCUGUGAGAGUUUGGGAAGUCCUUACAGGUAGACUGGUUUACAAGUUCCAGGCUGUUUACCUUGAACAAGACCCAGAAGAUAAAAUCGAUGCUUUGGAAUGGCAUCCAGAACCAGGCACUGCUAUUUUGACUGUUGCUGCUGCUGAGAAAAUCUACCUUUUGGUUCCUCCAGUUUUCGGUUUCGAUUUCGAAAAUAACGCCAGGGUCAGAAUCGAAGCUGGUUGGGGUUACGAUACAUUCGGCAACAAGCGUAAGGACACAGAUAUCAACGUGAACCUGGACGACGAAGAUGCUAAGAGCGGUGGCCUGGAGCCAAAGAAGGAGGUUGCAAAAUGGUAUACGCCAAACGCUACCCAGUCGCUGGAAGGUGUUGCUGCCAUCAUUGAGUGCAAGAAGCCAGUCAAGAAGCUCUCCUGGCACAGAAAGGGUGACUACUUCGUCACGGUGGCACCAGAAUCCAACCACACUGCCGUGCUUAUCCACCAGUUGUCUAAGCACUUGUCCCAAUCGCCAUUCCGCAAAUCCAAGGGUAUCAUCAUGGACGCCCGUUUCCAUCCAUUCAAACCACAGCUUUUCGUCAGUUCCCAGCGUACUAUCCGUAUCUACGAUUUGGCACAACAACAGCUUGUCAAGAAAUUGAUGCCUGGUGCCAGAAUGCUUUCGGGCAUUGACAUCCAUCCUAGAGGUGAUCAUCUUUUAGCAUCGUCCUACGACAAGCGUGUCUUGUGGCAUGACUUGGACUUGGCCGCCACGCCGUACAAGACGUUACGGUACCACGAAAAGGCUGUUCGUUCGAUCAAAUUCCAUAAGGGUAAAUUGCCCUUGUUUGCCUCGGCCUCUGACGAUGGCUCCAUCCAUGUUUUCCACGCCACAGUAUAUGAUGACUACAUGACGAAUCCAUUGUUGGUUCCAUUGAAGAAGUUGACUGGCCACAAGGUCGUUUCUAGCAUAGGUGUGUUGGAGUUGGCAUGGCAUCCUAAAGAAGCAUGGUUGUUCAGUGCUGGUGCCGAUGGUACUGCCAGACUCUGGACGACGUAG